AUGAUACAGGCGGCUAAUAUUGGCCAUGGCACUGCGAGACCCUACGUGGGAAAGUCAAGACAAUUCAAGCGGUCUAGAACCGGCUGUCUUAACUGCCGACAUCGGAAGAAGAAGUGCAGCGAGGAGAAACCACAAUGCGGCGGUUGUAGUCGGAAUAAUCUCCACUGCGCUUGGCCACAAGACGUGAACGAGAAGGCUAUCUCGCCUCCGCUUCCACCUCUGCCCAGGGAUUCCAUAACCAUCACAGAUGAGAGCCAAUCAUUCGGUGUACAUGGUCCGUCGCCAUUAUUAUCUAAAGCUACCCACACAACUAGUAUUUGGAAUGGGCUCUCUGGUUCUUUCUUAAAUGCGAGGCGAUCAUGUAAUCUCAAAAGAGAAUCUCUUCUUCUCUUACAGCAUUAUAUCACAACUACGGCUCCCAUGCUUCCUAUGCCCAUUAAGGGGAACCCAUUUCUCUCGGAAAUUAUUCCUAUUGCUUCAGUAGACGACCUGGUAAUGCACAGUGUGUUGGUCAUUAGUGGAGCACACAUGAACUUUGGGAAUAUGUCCUCCAGGCCUAUUGGCGAGGCAACCCUAGAUCAUUACAGCACGUUAAUUCGUCAACUUGUCAUCGAGGUCUCGGACCAUAAGGGAUCCUGUGUGAACAAGCUGGCCCGGUUGUUGCUUGUCUUGGUGAUGCUGUGUCACUUCGAGGCUUUAUCUGGAGAAACAGACGGAGCAAUGUUCCGCCAUCUUGGUGCGAGCCGAGAGAUCAUGGCCGAGAUAGAAAGUCGUCAGCCGACAGAGCCAUUGGGAUCUGAUUCAGAGACUCUUUAUGGUCUUGGCCUCGAACUAUACGCCUAUCUCAUCUUCGUCAACUGCCUCACUCCGUACGGCUUCCUUCACGAGCGCCAGUUCUACCUUGACUCGUUCAUCAUCUCACCCAGCAGCCUGGCUAGCUAUAGCACGUUUGGCAUCAUGUUCGCCGGCCUCCAUGAUCUCUUUGCGCUGAUACCGCAGAUAUCGCUGCUAUUUCGUGAUCGACUGAUAGAUCAAGAGUCCGGAAUCAUCGAGCCCUCAAUUUCUUGCGUCGAGUUAUACACUCAACUGGAGCGAUGCCUCGAAGACUGGAAUCUCUCUCAAAAGGAUCUGGUUUCACCAUUUCUAAGCGAUGACUGCAAACAUGACCUGAGCAAAGUUAUCAAGAUUCUCCAGCUGGGUAUCGAGAUAUACCUGGUUGCAUCCAUGCAAGGGUUAUCCGUAGUAAACCCAAAGAUUGUCUGCCAACUUCAGAGUCGUGUCGAUGGCAUCCUUGACUUGGCGCUCGCUUUACACUACUCUCAAUGGUCCCCAAUACUGCUGUGGCCUAUUGUUAUUUCUGGUUCUUGUAUUGUCCAAAGGCAGCAGCAAAAGCAUCUUACGAAAGCUUUACGAGAAUCUAAGUACCGUAUGAACCAUGUUACAAGGACUAUUAGCUUACUUCAUCGACUUUGGGGUAACCCUGAUCCUCUGAUAUAUGGACCUUAUGGCCUUUAUCUUACAAUUUCGCAAAGUGAUACUACGUUUUCUAUUCUAUAG